AUAAAAAGCUGGCGCAGUUGAUAUUCAGUCAGAGGAUGCUGAGGAGCGGCAAUUUUCUAAAGAAAAGUAACAAGGUUUCCCCACUUGUUCGCGAAAACUUUUAUUGCAUUACGAGUUAAACAAAAGCAAAACCGAAUCCAGUGACACGCGAGACUAUAUGAAUAUGGGCGGGGAAGCUUAAAAACACCCGCCUUCUUGUUGUCAUGAGCGGAAAGCAGUCACCCGGUCAGAGUGGCGAAACUUCUGAGGUCUGUCCUGAGGAAUCCUCGGACACUUUAUUCACGCAAAACCGAAUGGAGACGGAGCCACUGUUAUCGGAAAGCAGAAAGCGGGACUCGGAAGCCGACUCACAGUCCGAGUCGAAGGGCAAGAGUCGUCUCUCUUAUUCACACAGCAGGGACUCUGUCCAUAUCAAGGAACGUGAUGAAGAUCUGUACAUCCAGCAAGCAGUUGUAUUUAUUGAGGAUGCCAUUCAGUAUCGGUCCAUUAAUCACAAGGUUGACCCUGGAUCUUUGAGAAUAUACAGAUGGUACUACUCCAGGAUAUGCCAAUGGGGUCUUGGUUUUACCAUUGCUGUGAUUCUGGCUCUGGCUUUUGUGGAGAAACCUUCCUCAAUCACGUACACAUCAGACCCUCGCUUCAGGUCUGAGCCCUGGGAGGCACCAUGUGGUGUCACUGAGGCCAUAGAGAUGGUCUGCCUCUGCAUCUUCAUCAUGGAUGUGGUGGUGAAGGGGUAUGUUAUUGGAUGGGAAGAGUUUCGUAUGAACAAAUGGCUGAUUGGCUACGUGCUGGUUAUAGCAUUUUCAGUUAUUGACUGCACAGUGUCUUUUGCCAUGUUGUGUAGUACGACCAUACGAGUUAGGAGACUGAUUCGGCCAUUCUUCCUCUUACAAAAUUCCUCUUUAAUGAAGAAAACUCUAAAAUGUAUCAAAAGGACAAUUCCAGAAAUAGCAAGCGUGAUCCUGCUUCUUGCUCUCCACCUGUGCUUAUUCACUAUGAUUGGUAUGCUGAUCUUCCCCAGAUCUGAGGACUCGUCGAAGAAUGGGGAAUGGGAGUCUUACUUUAAAAACCUUUCUACAGCCUUGUCCUCUCUGCUUGUGCUUCUGACGACUGCUAAUAACCCAGACGUGAUGGUUCCUGCAUACUCACUUAAUCGAGGAUAUACCAUAUUUUUUAUACUUUUCAGCGUAUGUGGAACCUAUAUCUUGAUGAAUUUGCUCACUGCUAUUAUCUACAACCAGUUUCGAGGCUACUUACUGAUGUCGAUGCAGGCCUCCAUUUUAAGGAGGCGCCUGGGAAUCAGAGCUGCAUUUGAAGUGCUGUGCUGUCCGGGUCAAAGCCAUGACGACAAGUCUGAAGAUCAUGUAAAGAGGGUUCGUGUGGGCACAGUGCUUCAGAUAAUGAGAAAAGUGCAGAUGACCUCAUACUACAGACAAGCUAUCAUUAAGGCUACAGAGGAAUUCUCAGAUGGUUUUAUUGAUAGUGAAGCAUUUCAGAGACUGUUUGGUGAACUGGAGAAGGAACAGAUCAAAGAGCAUCCACCAAAACCAGUGUACAGCUACUUGUUCUUACAGUACAUUCAAAAUGUGUGUAGUAACUACUAUUUCACUGUGCUGGGAAACGUCAUAGCCCUCGCCAACGUCAUCUGUAUUUGUACCAUCUUGGUGCUGGAUGCAGAGAAGACUGUAUUCGAAAAGAAUGAUUUCUACAUGGAGGUGAUGAAUUGGGUUUUUAUCAUCUACUACUUCAUGGAGAUGAUACUGAAGAUGAUUUCCCUUAGUUGGAGAGGUUACCUCUCUUACAGAAAUAAUAUCUUUGAUGGGUUUUUUACCAUCAUUCUGCUGAUCCUCCAGAUUACUAUUUUUGUCAUGUUCAAGAUUACUGAUCCAAAAUCAAUACAUCCUUACUGUGGGGGCAUAUCUUUAUGGGAAAUGGUGCGACUGGUCAACAUGCUGAUUGUCUUCCGAUUCCUCAGGAUCAUUCCAGAAAUCAAGCUGAUGGCUCUGGUGGCUAGCACUGUUGUGGACCUUGUGAAAAACUUGCGGGCCUUUGCCGGCAUUCUGGUGUUGGUAUACUAUGUUUAUGCUGUCAUUGGUAUGUGGCUUUUCCGAGGAGCUAUUACACCUCCAGGCUCAAGUUCAGCCAAUUCAGCCAAUGGUACAUCCAACUUUACGAUGGAGUGUGGUUCCUAUGAACAGCUGGAAUAUUGGCCAAAUAACUUUGACGACUUUGCUUCUUCUCUGGUUCUGCUUUAUGAUGUGAUGGUCGUGAAUAACUGGCAGGUCUUUAUGGAUGCUUACACAAGAUACACCUCUGAGUGGUCGAAGGUGUAUUUUGUAUCCUGGUGGUUAACCUCGUCUGUCAUGUGGGUCAAUCUAUUUGUGGCACUCAUUUUGGAGAACUUUACAUACAAAUGGGACAAAAGUCAUGCGUUGAGUGUAUCGGAUGUGGAGAGGACAAGCUAUGAGACUACAGUGCACGGGAUGUUCAGAGAUCACAUCCAAGAACCAAGUCUGGAGGACGUAGAGAAACAACUCAAGUGUCUUCCACAUCUCAAUCUUCAUUGCUGGUCUUUGCAAUCGCACAGCACUUGACUACAGCAGCACACAGGCCUAUGAUCUACCAUAUGUUUACAUUUACAAUAAUCCUAAAUGGAUUAUGGAGUGUGGGCACAGACUGCCCCAGUCUUAAAGUAAAAGUAAAGAAAACAGUGCUAUGUGCUGCUAAGUUUUCUGCAAACACAUGCUAGUGACAUAGCACUGUUUUCAAACAGUGCCCUUUUAAUUAUUUUUUUUAUUAAAUUUUUUAAUUGGUUUAGUUUUAGAGUGUUUUAAUCAGAAGACUUUUUGUUGUUCUGAAUAAAUGCUUAAGCAGAUAAUGAAUUUCAAGGCAGAGAGAUAAUGUACGUGAAAACUCAUUAGCUUAGGCUAAUCUGAGUUUCUAAAAACAGGAAACAAAUGUCUAGUGUUUGUAUUCACCCAUGUGCAUUUUGAGAUGAGUGAAAACAUAUGCAAGACACUGUAUAUUGUUUGAAGUGUCAUUUGUAAAUGCACCACAAUCUAUGCACAAUCAGACAGCAGACGCAAGUGACAUGGAAAUGUGUGUUGAAAUGACCCUGAAACACUGCCAUGCAACCAGUUUGGGUUUUACUGUUGAGAUGGUGCUGCUAAAAUGCACAAAUUUAUAGAGGUGCUUUUAACCUUGAUUCUGUUUCUUAAUACACAAGUAAAGUUCUGAAAUAGUGCUAUUCUGGUAA